GAAUUCAUUUCCUGUUCUGCUCUGAGAGAGAGAGGAGUCACAGUCAUGGCCGAGCGGGAGCUGGACGACAUGAAGGAGCGCUGACUCCUCCUGAACUCCUGCAGGAGUCUGCUCUCCUCUGAAGGAGGCCCGAGAGGAGCAGGAGGAAGAGGAGGAGGAAGAGGAGGAGGAGGACAUCAUGGCCGAGCCGCUGCUGAAGAGAACGUUCUCCAGACUGAGAGGGAGAGAACGAUCCCGCAGGAAGACUGACCCCAAACUGAGCGAUGUUCCAGUAAAGCCUGACCCCGCCCUCCAGACGUCUUCAUCCCCAUCACUGACCCCCUCAGACCCUGACCCCCCGUCUCCCCCCUGUAAUCACAUCACUGUUGCUAAGAAACAGCAGUGGGCACGGCAGGCCUCUGGAGGCCCGACCGCCUACCUGACUUCAAGCUCCGCCCCCAGAACCCUAAACCGAGAGAGACCAUCAGAGAUAUCCCAGGAUGCAUCUGGGCAGGGAUGGAGUCAGAGGCUAGCACAGGAAAAGAUGGGGCGUUGUGGUGACAGGACGUGCACCAGUCUGGACUGGGAUACGUCCAACAACCCCUGUGUUUCUGCCAGUUCUACCACAGUCCACCAUGAAGCUUUAAAACCAGCAGGGGGCAGCAGUGAUGCUCCUUCCCCCUCUGUCACCAGCACAAAGUCCGGCCAGCGGGCCUACCUGCAGAGCCUGGACCGCAGCAGCAGAGCCUGGGUACUCUCUUCAGGAAAGGCUCAGGCUUCAGACGAGGCCCGCGGGCUGCAGCAGGAGAGCGGCGGCAGCAACAUCUGGUACAACCCGAUCCCAGAAGAGGAGGACAGCGGAGGUGCAUGCAGGGGGGAGGACAUCUGGAGGAGGAGGGACCAAAGGGAGGAGGGAGGAGCGACAAAGAAAGCAGGAGAAUCCAAAUCAGAGGUGGGAGGAGUGAAGGCAGGGUCAGCGGAGAGAUGGGGGAGUGACUGUGCACUAGAGGGCGCCAAUCCAAGUGUGAGCCACCUCAUCGAUGACAUCACAACAGAAAACUCAGACUGCCCUGCCUCUGACUCAAGCCCCGCCUCCCAAAAGAAAGGGGGCGUGUCCAGCAGUGUGAUUGACAGGCUGAGAUCACCCGGUACCGUAAGGAGACUCUCAAUGAAGAUGAAGAAACUUCCGGAGCUGCGCCGCAAACUCAGCCUCCGCUCCUCCUCUCGUGCCAAUCGCCAAGGAAGCGACAACAAAGGGGGCGGGGACGAGUCGACCAGUAAGAAUUCGGCAUCGUCGUCGGCCCUGUCCAAUGAGAAUGUAAUCACCAGAUAUCACCUGGAUAGCUCCGCCCCUCCAGCCAGACCCCUGCGCCGAUCAUCGAGAAGACGCUCUGCCAGUAAAGGAGGUUAUCUAAGCGAUGGAGACUCACCCGAACUGCUGCCACGGCAACAGGCCACACCCACAACACAUACGCAGGAACCCUGUGACGUCAGCUCAUUUCGACUGUACGUGUGCUCAGAUCCUCCACGUUGCAGCCAGCGGGUGACCGGGUUACUGACCGUCCACCUUCUAGGGUUGGAGGAGAUGAAAACCAGCAGGUGUGAGGACAGUAAGGAUGUCUUCCUCGCUAUACAGAUCGAUGGGGUGACCAGAGCAAGGACCGCCCUCCUGACCCUGCGAGGCCCCACCCUGUCCUUAAACCACGCCUUCAAUCUGGAGCUGGAGAGAGCCAGACAGCUCCGAAUCGUGGUGUUAACACCAGUGAAUCCACAAACACAGGGAGGCUCUAAACCAGGAACAGAUCAGACCUCAGGUGGUCACAGCCGGAACAGGGUCUGUGGUCUGGGCGGAGUCUCCAUCCCCCCACUCUUUAAAGGGAGUCGAUGUCAGCAGCUCUGCGUGAAGCUCGAGCCUCGAGGUUUGAUCUACGUCAAACUGUCGCUGCAGGAGAAAUGGGACACACAGCCCAGCAGUGACACAUCAGGGCCUGCUAAUGUGUUUGGGGUUGAAUUGCACCACCUGGUGGAGAAAGAAGGAUCUACAUCCCCGGUCCCUCUGCUGAUCCAGAAAACAGUGGCAGAGAUCGAACGCAGAGGACUGAAGGUAGUUGGUCUGUACAGACUGUGUGGUUCUGCGGCAGUGAAGAAGGAGCUCAGGGAUUGGUUUGAGAGGAACAGUUCAGCUGUGUGUCUCAGCGAGGACCUCUACCCCGACAUCAACGUCAUUACAGGGAUUCUGAAGGACUACCUGCGGGAGCUUCCGUCUCAGCUCAUCACCAGGAAUCUGUACCAGGUUGUGAGGGAGGCCAUGAGGCUCCGCCCCCCACCUGUCCUACCUGACACACCUGACCCUGAUCUGUCCCAGAGUACCGUGGAGCUGUUAUCCUGCCUGCCGCCUCCAGAGAGGGCCACUCUGUCCCUCCUGUUGGAUCAUCUCAGUCUGGUGGCGUCCUUCAGCUCAUCCAACCGGAUGACGCACCAGAACCUGGCGGUCUGCUUCGGCCCGGUUCUCCUCACCCCGACUCAGGAGGCCUGGCGGGCAGGAAUAGGAGUAGGAGGAGGAGGAGGAGGAGGAGGAGGGGGGAGGGGAGGAAGAGGGGGAGGAAGGGGGUCUGGUCCGGGGGAGGAGCUAGCGAGCGCGGUGGACUUUAAACGACACAUCGAGGCUCUGCACUACCUGCUGCAGCUGUGGCCAGUGCCGACUUAUCGAGUCCAAGCAGACGAACUCAUCAACGCCUCGCCACCUCCCUCCCCCUCUCUUACCCACAAUCCCCCGGGCCAGCAGCAGCUGCGGCAUCCUGCACUGCGAUUGGAUCUGCCCCAGAACCCAGAGGAGGAGGUGGUGGUGUCACGGCGGGGUCGAGGUGGUCUGGCCCGGCUGGAGAGUCCACCGCCGAUUAACCGGUACGCUGGAGACUGGAGCGUCUGCGGUCGGGAGCUUCUGACCGGACACGACGCCGACUACGAUGAAGUGGCAGGAAGUGAGAGUGACGGAGGCAGCGGGGAUGAGGAGGACGAGGAGAAGAAGAAGAAGAAGAAGGCGUGGUCAUCAGGAGCAGGAGGAGCUCUUUACGUUGAGGACUUCCUGGAUUUCGACGCUCCGUUUAACUGUCGACUCAGCCUGAAGGACUUCGACACCCUGAUCCACGACCUGGACCGAGAGCUGGCCAAACACAUCAACAUCUGUCUGUAGAGGACACCCCCCCCACCCCCGCUCCUCUCCGGCUCCUCCUUGUUGUCCAAAUAUGGUCACUUCUGGUUUUAAUGUCAGAAAUAUGAGACGUGAGCGACCAAAGUUACAAAGUGCCUCGCAGACAGGUGUGAUGUCGUCAUGGAGACGAGCCGUAGGUCUGUGCCAAUCAAACAUCUUUAAUUUAUUGAUCCAAAGAGAAACUCAGAUCAAAAUGAAGGAGGAGAACUUUUUUUACAUGAUAAUUAUUCUGAUGUUGUGCAGAUGACGGGGUCCUCUGAGGGGUCAGAAGUGAACUGUUUGUUGUUGUUCUGGGUAUCAGGGUCGGGCUGUUUGCACUGUUUAAGUCAUAACUUUCACUUUUUGACUCUUUUAGUUAAAAAGAAAAAAACCUGAAGAAGCCAUCGCUCUGCUGCUUUAUCCAACAGAGCAUAUUUAUUUCUUAUUCUGGACGACCCUCGGAGCUCCUGCAGGUCACACCAGGAACGUUUUUUAUCAUUAUUAACUUUAUGUCAGAAGAGACAGAAAUGUGAAGGAUCACUCGGUAGAGGAGAGCUGUAAACAUAUCCAUCAGGGUAAGAAAAGUGAUGCCAAAGAACAGAAAGAUGGUUCAAGUUAAAAAAUAGAGCCAACUUUAACUUUUUGUCUGGUUUAAAUAAUUUAGGGUUUUAUGUAGCGCUAACAGAAAGAUGGACGUUGAUGUUUUUGAUGCAGGGUAGGAGUUCACUUUCUGAGGCCGAAUUUAAAACUUUAAAUAAAGUUUGGAUUCAAACUUUCAGAUAUUUCAGGAUGAAACCCUCUGACUCUGCUCGCUGAUAGCUCGGUGUUUUACCAUCGUUAGCAUGUAGCAUUAGCAUGUAGUUCAACUGUGUGUAGUUCUUAUUUUAUGCAAAUAUCAUGACGACCUGAAGGGAAAGUGGGAGGAGCUAAACAUAUACCAACGUUGUUACUUUGUUAGAGACACACUCCUGCAUAGGGUGCCCCCUGUGGGUUCCUUUUUGUAACAGUGUAACAGUCUGCAGAGAAAACGGGGCUUAACAAGACUUCAUUAGUCUGGAUAACGAAGGGUUAAAUAACACCUGGGGGGAACCUGCAGCUCUCUGUCUCCCCCUGCAGGUCUAAGGUCACGUUUACACCAGAAAGAUCCUCUGAAAAUGGGGUCGUGUUUCGUUUAACAAAAGACAAGCGCCUUGAACAUGGCUCAGCAAAAACGACUAAAACGCUGUAGUUUACAUUCCAGACCAGAAGAUGGCGAUGUGACUUUGUAAUGAAACAACACGCGCAUGCUCUUCCAUCUUCAGAGCGGUGAGGUGUAAACGUACAAAAACAGCAAACACACAAAUAUUUGUGUGGACGAAUGAUGAGGUGCAGUUAUUACUCGAAGUGACCAUAAACUACAAAGUGUCCGCCAUUGCUGUAGUCCAUCUAAUUGUGCAUGGCUAUUGUGUAGAACAGCAUGUGCUUAACGCCACCGCUUAGAGAACGAACGGCGUUGUAACUGUCUACACGGCGACUGAAACUGUGACUGUUUUCAAAACCUUCCAUUUUCAGGCAACAACAAAAACGCUGCCGUCGGGUAGACGAAAAACCAAGACGCAACAAUAGAUUUCCCCUUUUUGAAUUAAAUUGUUGUCGUGUAAAAAGAGCCUAAGUUGCCCCCUGCAGCUCUCUGUCGCCCCCUACAGGUGUUCAGGUUUUCAGUAUUUUUACGGUACGGAGUUUCUGUGACGAGUUUGUGAUCCUCAGAUGGAAAAGACGCCAUAUUCAGUGUUAACGAUGUUUUCUUUUUUUAAAAUGUUUUUAUGUUUCCAUUCUUUGUUCUCAGUGUUUUUUUGACAGUAUUAUUUUGUUUUGCACAACUUUAUUAAGCACUUGUGUAUUUUAUUGACGAUGUUUCUAUGCAGAUGAUGUAACCAAAGUGAAGAAGCACACUUCCUGUUUGAUGUCUUUAUGUCUCGUUAACCUGACCAACUAUUAAACACAGUAUUAUUAUUAUUAUUUUU